AUGAAAGAACUCACACUGGAGAGAACCCAUGUUAAUAUGUAUGCUACAGGAGAGAAAUCAUAUGAGUGUAAGGUAUGUAGGAAUGACUUUAGUUGUCUCAGUUCUGUUCAAAACCAUCAAAAAACUCACACUGAAAAGAAACCAUAUGAAUGUCCCCAAUGUGGGAAAGCCUGUCGUUGUCCCAGACCUCGGGGGAAACACAAGAAAAUUCACACCAGAGUGAAACCCUAUGAACGUAAGAAAUGUGGGAAAGCCUUAAGUUAUUCCAGUUCUCUUCAAAGACAUGAAAGAAUUCACACUGAAAUAAUUCACACUCAAGUAAAACCCUAUGAAUAUAAGGAAUGUGGGAAAAUCUUAAGUUGUUCCAGUUCUCUUCGAAGACAUGAAAGAAUUCACACUUCAGGAAAAUCCUAUGAAUGUAAGGAAUAUGGGAAUGCCUUUAGUUCUUCCAGUUCUCUUAAAAAACAUGAAAGAAUUCACACUGGAGUGAAACCCUAUGAAUGUAAGGUAUGCGAAGAAGCCUUUAGUUGUCUCAGUUCUGUUCGAAACCAUGAAAAAAUUCACACUGAAAAGAAACCAAAUGAAUGUCCCCAAUGUGGGCAAGCUUUUAGUUUUUGCAGUUCUCUUCGAAAACAUAAAAAAAUUCACAGUGGAGUGAAACCCUAUGAAUGUAAGGAAUGUGGGAAAGCCUUUAGUUGUUCCAGUUCUCUUCAAAAACAUGAAAGAAUUCACAGUGGAGUGAAACCCUAUGAAUGUAAGGUGUGUGGGAAAGCCUUUAUUUGUUCCAGUUCUCUUCGAACCAACAAAAGAAUUCACACUGGAGAAAACCCCUAUGAAUGUAAGAAAUGUGGGAAAACCUUUACCUUUACUUUUUCAAGUUCCUUGCCUAUCCAUGAGAGAACUCACACAGGUAAGAAACCCUAUGAAUGUAAGGAAUGUGGGAAAACCUUUUGUUUUUCCAGUUCCUUGUAUUACCAUAAAGAACUCACACAGGAUAAACCUUACGAAUGUAAGCCUUGUGGGAAAGCAUUUUCUUUUUCAAAGUUACUACAAAACCAAGAAAGAGUUCACACAGGAGAGAACCCCUAUGAAUGUAAGGAAUGUAGGAAAGCCUUUAUUUGUUCCAGAUUACGCUAUAUCGGUGUUGGUGAGGAGAUAUGGAAGUUAGAACUGAAGGUGACAGUGAUCCUGGAUUUUGAGGUCAAUUGCUAG